AUGCUUGAACGGGGAAUGAUACCAUCGCCCUGGUCGUGCAAAGAGAGAGACGGCAGCUACCACCGUGCUCAAAACAAGGAUGGCCACGCCGAUGUCAAGACCAAGGACACUGAUGUAGACCAUUUCCAGCCCAACGGUAAUGCGUCCAAGGUUGGUCAGGGUUUCGGUCUCAGCAUCCCUCCUACGUCCCCUCCCGGCAAUUCAGCUGUUGUUGCCGACUUGGAAGAUCAGAGUCCCUCCGGCAAGAAGAAGCGCAAGGCGCGGAAGAAGCCACUCUCCGCAACGCCGGUUCCAUCCGUGGGUGUCGUAGAGCGCUUGAGCAACUUCUACAACGAACACAUUGGACCCAAGAACCUCGAGUUCGCAUUCGUAGACUCGUGGGACGAAUGUGUUCGUUAUGGGAGGAUCGCUCGCGCCUAUGCCAUCCACGGAACGUUUUAG